AUGGGGCUGCCCCUGCCAGGGCUGUGGCUGAAGAGGCUCUGGGUGCUCUUUCAGGUGGGCCUGCACGUGGCCAUGGGCAAAGUGCUUCUGACACUGUUUCCCAGGAGGGUCAAGCAGAACAUCCUGGCCAUGAGUGAGAAGACUGGCAUGGCCAAGAAUCCCCACUUCUCCUAUGAAAACUGGAUACCCACUUUCUUCAGUGCCCAGUAUUUCUGGUUCAUCCUGAAGGUCCGUUGGCAGCGACUGGAGGACAUGACAGAGCAAGGGGGUCGAGCCCCAAACUGCCCCGUGGUCCGCCUGUCAGGACAGAGGUGCAACAUCUGGGACUUCAUGCAAGGCAACAGGCCACUGGUGCUGAAUUUUGGAAGUUGCACCUGACCUUCAUUUAUUUUCAAGUUUGACCAAUUCAAGAGACUUAUUGAAGAUUUUAGUUCCAUAGCAGAUUUUCUCAUCAUUUACAUUGAAGAAGCACACGCAUCAGAUGGCUGGGCUUUUAAGAACAACGUGGAUAUCAAGAAUCACCAGCAUCUCCAGGACCGCCUGCGGGCAGCCCGCCUGCUGCUGGACAGGAGCCCCCAGUGCCCCGUUGUGGUGGACACAAUGAAGAACCAGAGCAGUCAGCUCUACGCAGCGCUGCCUGAGAGGCUGUACGUGCUCCAGGACGGCAGGAUCCUGUACAAGGGUAAACCUGGCCCUUGGAACUACCGUCCAGAAGAAGUUCGUGCUGUUCUGGAAAAGCUCCACAGUUAAUCUGGACAGAUCCCCCAGUUCUAGGUGCUCAACAAGAGGUCUUCUCAAGGCUUGGCUUGCCCCCCAUCCCAGCUGACAUUUACCUCUUGACCUGUGUCCCCAGCGGAAUCACUAGCCCAGAUUUUUCUUAUCCAAGCAAACAACUGUUACAAUGAGAAAAUGAAGCUGCAAGUGAGCUGAGUGUUAAAGAAGGUACAACUCCACACUGCCCCCACCGUGGAGACCUUGUUCAUUGCACAACGCCUCAGCGUGAGAGCAGGCGCACUCCCUGGGCUUCCUUCUGAACAUCCAGCCACUCCACUAUGGCAUUCCUUAAAUGAAGUAACUUCAUUUUACCAAAUUUGCCAUUUAUGGAAUUGAUAAUUUAAUAACUAGAUUGGUUUUUAGAACUAAGCAUGGGGAUAACUCCAGGUGUUUAGAGAGAGAUGAGGAAUUUAAAGAGAAAGGAGUAGGAAUGGGAGCAGACAGUACAAAUGGAAACGCUUCCCUUGCCAAAAGAUUUAAACCAGAAAGUGGUGGGGGUGAUGAGAGGUGAGUUUCCCUGGUAAUAUGUCUUCAAUUCUACUGUAGAAGAGGCGGGUACUCACUUUACCAUCUUUGAAUAUAUUUCAUAGAAGUCUGGCUCUCCAUACCCGGGAAUCUUCUACUAUCUUCACUCACCAAGAGCCACUUGUGGGGAGGACUGGCUUCCUAAAAACAUUAUAACCUUGACCAAACUAGACCACAGGCAAUACAGAGCUGUCAUUCAGUUAUGCAGAAGCUCAUAUCUGAAAUUCUGCUUCUCUGAUUUCUUCGCAAGUCUCCUAAUGGUCAUUUGUGUUAGAUUACAUCAGACUAAUGAAUAACCAUUGGUAUUGAUCUGUUUUAACUCUGCCUCUUUUCAUAUUUGUUUAUGAUGGCCACAGCCUAAAGUACACACAGCUGUGACUUGAUUUGAAAGAAAAUGUUUUAAGAUGCAGCAAGCUAAUACAGAAUGAUUAAAAAAUAUCAGGCUAGUUCAGAUGGCUUCAGUGCGAUAUUUACACUGUCUUUUCUAAUGUGUGUCAGCUUGUUCUAGCUUUUAUUAUAGACCAAUGUAAUCUGAUUAGAAAAAAUAACAUAUGUUGGAAGGCCCUCCUUUAGAGGGAAGAACACUCAGUCUCUAUGUGUUACCUGUCUAACAUGGUUUUGUCUUGUGAGCUCCUUGCCAGAGAACAUCCAUGUGGGAGUCAUAUUACGUUCACAUGACAUAACAGAAUGGACUUGGGAAGCAUUUUUUCUAACAUGAAAACACAUUCUCCUUGGCUCUGCCUUAGUUGCCACAUGUUAUUAUUAAUGUCGUUAUUUUACUUUUUAAAAAAUAGUUGUUAAUCAUCUAUCAGGCACAGGCACUUUCAGAUACGUAGUCUUAUUUAAUAUCUCUGUAUAUUGCAAAGAGGAGAUUAUUAGCCCCGUUUUAGAGAUGAGGAAACCAAGGCUCAGAGUUAAGUAACUUGUGGAAGGUCUCAGAACCAGUAAGUAACAAGCUGAGAUUCAAACCCCAUCUCUAACUUCAAACCAGAGUCCUAGCUGUGCUCCCUGCUGGCUGUGUGACUUUGGUUAAGCUGCUUUUGUAUCUUGAACUAUUACAAAACAGGGUAUCAAUAGGGCCUACCCCACA